AUGACUGAAGUAGACCUGGCGAACGAUAUACAAAUUCGCGUAAUAAAACCGAGUGAGUGCGAUAAGGUGCUUAAAUUCCUCCAAAUACAUUUCUACCCAGAUGAACCGUUGAAUAUUGGCAAACAACAAGAUCCCGAAGAUGAAGAAUUCAGUAUUUCACAAAUAGAACAUGGAACCAGUUUAAUAGCAGUGCAACAACAAACAGUUAACGGUAUCACAAGCGAACGUAUAGUUGGCGUUUUGAUAUCUGGUCCGAAGUGUAGUAAUGAAGCUGAACAUUUAUUUAAAGAGGCCGAUCGUCUCGGGUCGACCAAUUGGGGCACGUUGAUUCGGAUUUUAGCACACGCUGAGCGCGAUUCUAAUGUCUACGAGCGUUAUAAUGUUGGCAGAGCAUUGCAUAUACAUGCUUCCGGGGUCGAUAGAAGUUUUCGUGGACGUGGAAUUGGAACGAAACUCAAAGAGAAGUUGAAAGACUUGGGUCGUGAGCUCAACUAUCCACUGAUAACUACGGACUGCACUAGCUUUUAUUCCGCGCAAUUAUCUGAACGUAUGGGUAUGGAGUGUGUGAAUGUCAUUAAGUAUACGGAUUAUCUGGAUGAGGAGGGUAAAGUGGUGUUUAAGCCCCCACCGCCACAUGAAUAUCUGAAAACGUAUGCCAUGAGGCUGUAA